AAAAUUUUCUGACAGCUCAAAAGACAAACCUCGCGAGUCGCGACAAUAAAGUAAACGAUUCAAAGAUUUUGUUGAGAAAAUUGGUGUUGAACAUCUGUCAAUCUCCAACCUUAAGGCAGUGAAAUGGCGGAAAAUUUUCUGACCCGUUCUAAUGCAGAAAGGUAUCCACAUUUUGCCCAAUUCCUCAAAGAAUUGUUUGAAGACAGAUUGUGCUCCAAUAAUUUUGGGACAAAAUCUAUGAAUGAAGAAAGAAAUCAAGUUUUUCAAGAGUAUCAAAAAACAAUAAACAGCUAUGAAGCUAUAAAGCUUGUAUACGACUGUAUUUGGGAUAUUAUUGCUGAUUCUAAUGUGGAAGAUGAUGAGUCUCUCAAGACCUUGGAAACGGCUUUUGUGUCAUCUGAAUUAGCUGAAUCAAUGAAAAUAGUUAAAGGCGAUAAACCAAAUACUGAAGAUGCCUUGCGAGUUUUUGGGGUUAAUUUCAAGCAGGAGAAAAUAGAUGAUGAUGUAACAUUAUGGACACAAGCACAACUUAAAAAUCAGCUUAUUGAGAAAGGAAUUGUACUGUUAAAUGAAAUGGGACAUGAUGUUCAAGGCAAUAAUCAAGAGUUACUCAAAGCAAAGUUAAAUCAACUCCCAUCACUGAUCAGUUCAAAAUUAAAAGCUGCUGAAAAUCUUAAAAAAACAAUGGAAGAGAAUGAUCAAGCUUUGAAAGAACAGUACACCAAGUAUACUACAACUCUUCUGGAAAGCUUGCAAAUCAUGGAAAAUCUUCUUCAAAAACACAUGAUUGAGAUUCAAAACGAGCAGAAUGUCUCUCAAAGCGAAUCCCUUGAAGUCCAAUGUGAUGCUCUUUAUCUCAAGAUAAAGUCCCUUCACUUAGAAAUUUUGUGUGAGACGUAUACCAAAGAAACUGUCCCGGCUCUGAAAAAGAUUUCAAAAGAAUUGGAAGCUAAAAGCGAGCAAACUGAAAACGAAAUUCGGGCUUCUCGAUUAAGAUUGAAUCGUUAUGAAUCUGUUGGACAUGACUUCAAUUGCAUCGUCAACGAAUAUGGCAAACUGCGAGAAACGAUCAAACAAAAAAAGUGGACACUCGAAAAAUUACAAAGUUAUUCGGUGAACUAAAAAUCUACAAACAAUUCGUAUCACGCAUGUGCUUUAGAAAAUAAUCCAUUUAUUUUAAGGAUAUUUGUCUUAAGUUAUCUGAGAACCGAUUUGUGUAUUUGAAUGCAAUGCCUGUUCAAAAAUGAGCCGUGUAUCGAUCUAUUUCAAUGAAAUCAUCUAUCAAUUCUUCAA